CCUCUCUGAGGCUGUUGCUGGGAGCUCCGGCCAAUCAAAGCAUACAGCGCUCCCGUGUCCAGCCGUAAAAUACACCGAGAGUGCGGCCCCGGUACACCGGAGCGUGCAGCGGAGACGGGGAGGGGCAUCAGCCCGUUUGGGGGGAAUGGCGGAUGGGGAGGCUGUCUUGUCUGUGGAGUGGGACAGUGGUGAUGAGGGUUUAGCCAUGGAUCCAGAGAAAACGCUGACUUUCUGCCACGGGCUGCAGACUAUGGAGAUGACUAUGUCCCUGCAAGGGCUGGAUGUAACCGAAGAAGCUACGGUGCCUGUGAAAGAGAUCGAAAUGAGCACAAUCAAUAAGAUGGCGAGGCAUCCAAAGUACUGUCCUGGAGUGAACAACAGUCCAGGUUACCUGUGUGAAACGGGACAUUGCUGCGGGGAGACGGGCUGCUGCACCUACUACUAUGAACUCUGGUGGUUCUGGCUCUUGUGGACGGUGCUGAUCCUCUUCAGCUGUUUCUGUGCUUACCGCCACCGCCGGGCCAAGCUGAGAAUUCAACAGCAGCAGAGGCAGAGAGAAAUCAAUCUGAUCGCUUACAACGGCGCUUGCAACUAUCCUUCAUCAAUGCUGGACCUCAGUUUUCUGGCUUCCUUCAAGUUGCCCUCUUACGAGGAGGUUGUUGCGCAGCCCAGCACCCCUCCUCCGCCUUACAGCUCCAUCUUUGCGCUGCAGGGAGGUGCCGCAGCAGGUCCUAGCUCCUCUUACCCCCAUCAUCACCACCACCGUCACCCCUGCCCUCCCUACUUGGGCCCUGGCCCCAGCGGUCUGACCUCCUCACAGAGCUCUGAUAACUACACCAGCUGCUCCUGUGAGUCUUGCUCCCUCACCUCCCCAUCCAGCACCUCCUUCUCUGUCCAGGUGACGGAUGAGACAUACGACAGCAGCCACAUGUCCACACCCAGUGAAGCAGGAGGAGAUUUGGCCGUGGUGCCAAGGGUCGGGGUCCCCUUCACGCUGAUGCCAUCACCACCCUUGCAGGUUCCACCUGAUGUUAUACCUGCGGUCACUCCGGAUGUCAUUCCGGUGCAGAGAUGUUCCUCUAACGGCAGUGAAGGAGUCUCGCCUCCCUCUCAUCCACUUUCUCUCACUUUGCACUCCCGUCCUUCGCACUCCUCUCGCCUCCCGCUCUCUCCCCUCUCGCUGUUAUCUUCCAUUCCCGCUGGUCAAGUCCACCCUCUCGUCCCAUCGGACCCGCUCGGAGCCAUGGCUCUUCAGAGAGCGAAAGAAGAGACGUCACCUCAUGAUCCAAACGCUAGGCCCCUGCACUCAGCUCCUAAGCAGGCUCUCCUCUUAUCAAACGUGGCUAUUUCUGUGCACUGCGGCGGCAAGGAGGAGCAAAAAAGGGAAAAAGAAGAAGAGGAGGAGGACGACGAAGACGAGGAUGAGGAGGACCACUUCCGGCAUCGACGGCUGACGGGUGACUCGGGCAUUGAGGUGUGCCGCUGCCACGUGAAAAGAGGGCAACAAGAGGAUGAGGAACCAAAGAAGGGGGGCUUCGAUAAGGGAGGGAAAGAUGUCGUGAAGGAAGGGGAGAAGGCAGAUGUGCUGCAGGACGCCGUGGACUGUUCCCAGCAAAAGAAGGUCGCCGCGCAGUCGUCCAGCACGGGCGACUGCGCGGAGCAGCGCGGCCAUGUCUCUUCCCCUUCUAGCAUCAUCAUUAACAGAAGUGAGGCUAUCAUCACUGUGGAGUCCUUGUAAGUAAACAGCCAUGGAAAGAAGGAAAAGUGGGAUAGCAUUCGUAACCGGAUGAGUGACGAAUUAAAGGAAAAAAAAGAAAACGAUCGGUCUUAGGAAAGAUUUGGGCUAUCAGAACAGAUUCACUGCAUCUUAGUGUUGGUUCUACAAAUCUCUGUAAAUCUACUGAAGGGAUGGCACACUAUUUUUUGUCCUUUUUUUCUUCUUUUUUUUCUGUAAAAAAAAAAAAAAAAAGACAUUUGGAUGAUGGUUGUAGAAAGUCUCCAAAAUCUUCCAUUAGUGUCUAACUGAGCUGAGAUCAGGUGACUGCAAAGGCAUUAGCAAAAUUAUUGACAUGAUUUUCAUACUCAUCCUACCGCCCAGUGACCUCUGAUGGACCGCUCUGUGGACGGGGACAACCCUGGAAGAGACUACUACGUUAAUAAGACAAGUGAACUAUACCAACAGCUUCUGGGUUUUCCUUUAAUUUGUCAUCCGCCUGUCGAUGAAGACUUAAGAAGUGAAAAAUGUGAUCACUGAAGAAAAGUCUUGGAGAGCUUACAGAAAUGUCUGCAAGCCAUCAGAUGGGAUGAGUAACAUUUUUAGGAGGGGGUCUCUGUAUUUUAUUUUGGGAACUCCAGACCUCAAAGUUCUCAUGAUUUAUAAGAGAUGAUUUGGGUUUGUUGUGGAGGACGAGGUGUUGUUUUCUUAAAAUGCAAAUGGCUCAAAAUCCUUAAAAAGAAAUUCCCCUUUCUGCAUCGUUUUCUUGCUAGAGCCACUAUGAUAAAAUGUUUUCCCUGCAGAUGAGGGGAAAAAUACCUGACAUCCUAGACUUUUUUUUUUUUUCCGUGUUGCUCCGUACGAAGCAUCGAAGCAGCAUUUUUAGCUUUGAAAUGGAGCUCGUAUCACCGGCUGCCAGCCUGUGGAUAUAAAAUAUUCUGACUUUUGUCAAAUCCACACAUUUUAAACUAAAAAAUUGGUCAUCUUUUUAGGCAUUUAAACAUUGAAGGACCUUUUCUUUUUUAUUGGAGCCCACUUCCCUUAUCAUAGAUUGAUUGAUUCAGUGGGUCAGUGUUUUAUACCUUGUGUCUUAUGUUGCCUCCUUCUUAAAGAUUUUUAAAAAAGGGGGGCGGGUACAAACUUUAAUUAAAUGUGCAGGUGGCAAAGCUUUACUAUGAUAUUGUAGUUAUACAUUAUAGUUUCAGACUGUUACAUCAGUAUACUGUAUACUUAGCCAGCUGUUUGUCUUUGGGUUCAGUGCAGUUUUAACGUGCUCCUGCCUUUUGCAAGGCAAUAUCACUCUGAAUCCUCGUGUUGAGUUUUUUACUAGGCGCACACUUUAAGCCUAAACUGAUAAUGAAUGUAAAAGGUUAUGCAUUGCAACAAAAAAACGCACUCAAAGCUGUUUUUUGAGGAUUUUUUAUAGCAUGAUGCUCGACUGAAAGCUUUUUUUUUGUUUUUUGGGUUUUUUUUUUAACAAAAAGAAAAAAAUAACAGAGUUUUGCCAGUGUGGCAAUCCAGUCUGUAGGCGUGUGCUUCGAGAAGUCACUUUGGGAAGAAGUGCCCAUUGUGAUGACUGUUUGUGUCGAGUGAUGCUUGUUAAAUAUCAAAGGCGUAAAUGUACGAAGUGAGCAUCUGAAGUCACAGAACAGAAUCUCCUUUAUUUUAAAUACUGCUGUGGCGAAACGCGACUUCGCAGAGUCAGACUGUUUUUCUCUAAAUGCCUCCUAGUUGAUGACUAGUUGACAUCCAGAGCAAGGCCAGGGAUUACGUUAGCCUGCCAUGCUCACCUGGCGGGGGAUAGCACACACGUUCUCUCUCGUAGUAAACUGUCAGUACAACAAUGUGCUCAAAAAGAAACAGAGAGUGUCUCACAACACAAUUUGUACAUGUUUGUCUUGGCGUAGUUGUUAUUAUGAGACAAGGGUCUCGGUAGUUCACUGACUGGAGGCCACUUUUUCCGUGUCCCUAGUUGUUUAAUGCCUAAGGGCAAAGCUUUUAACUCUUAGUAGUGUGGAGAGAAAUCUAAUUUAGCACAGUUCACUCUUAAAAAGAACAAGUCACAUUUGCUAUUUUGAACAUUAAGAUGUGAGUUUGCAUGGAAGUUUAAGUGGCAGUUUGCUUUCUGAUGAUCUCGUGAUGAACAUCUUCAAAGCACCUGUGCAGCGAUUCACUGAUGGCCUGACAAAGAUGGUUCAUCCUCUGGACAUAUUGGCAAAAAAGCCUUUUUGGAGCCUUGCAUUUCUUGUCAUUUUCAUUAGUUUUAAGUAACGUGUGUUGUUGAUCAGUGGUGCCUAGUUGAAAAAGGAUUUUUCUGUUAGGAAUCCGUAGUUUCCCAGCUAAUAUCUGAGCGUGUGUGUGUGUGUGUGUGGAUUAUGAAUAGCUGUAAAUCAAAUGGCGAAAAUAUUUUCUAAGAGUACUUAGCAGUCUCUUUUUAAAAUUCUCAUAUUACAUGUGAGACUUGCAAAAAUAGUAUUUAGCAAUAGUAUUCACACUUUUUUUUCUCCUUAUUCUGGUUUAUGCUGGCUGACAGGAAAUGAGAUGAACUGAAAUGACAUUUACCUCUUUAUGACUCAUCUGCUAGCUGUGCUGGGCAAAGGCCCUCGAUUGUACAAACACAGCAGUUUAAAAAAAAAUGCCUUUGGCGUAAGUGCAAACUUAGAUUAUCGGGUUGUAUUUUAAAGCCCCAGUGUGUGUCUUGCAUGUUACUGACCUUAAACUUUAGUGUUUCGUAUUGAUUUUUUUUUUUUUAAGCUCAUCUGGCUAAAGGUUCAGUGCGCUUACGCCAUGGCGAGGCGUCCGUCGUCCGUUUGUCCCACCGCAAUUCACAAGAAUCCGUACUCCUCCCAGAGUACUGGUCGGAUUUUAAUGACUAAUCACUACCUGAUGUGUCUGCACCCACACUGCUCAAGGUCAAAGCUAUACAAGUCAUUUUUACAAGAAUGGCUACUCCUCCUGGAGUAUUGGUCUGACUUUAGUGAAGCAAGGCUAGAUAAUCCUGGAUACGACUGUUUGCGAGCCUCCUUGACUUCUCCCUCGACUUUAAUUCUCAUUCAUUUGUGCAACAAAAGCUGCACAGCUUUCUUUCUGUACUUCACACAUUACAACAACCUUUGAACUGUGAUGGAUCAUGAAGCAAAUGAGCUGUAAUGUCACUGACGCUCUGGUUAGUGAGUGUUUAGUUUUUUACAUUUUAUUGUAGAUUUUAAUUAGGAUAAUCGUCUUAAGGGGCAUCAUUCUGUUUUAGAUUUUACACUUAGAAAAGAGGCCAAAAAACACAAUUUUUACAUGGCAUCCUCUUGAUAUUAGUUUAGCAAGUAUCCAUCCACUUUCUUCCGCUUAUCCAGCUAAGCCUCCUCCACGGAGGCUUAGCUGGAGCCUAUGCCAGUUGCCAUAGAGCAGGAGGUGGGGUACACUCUGGACAGGUUGCCAGUCUCAUAUUCAUAUGAAUGGGCAAUUUAGGAUGUUUGGAGUCUGGGAGUAAGUCAGAAAGACCAGGAAAAACAUGCAAACUCCCAGAAACACUUCAUGGAUUUGAACCCAAAACCUUCUUGCUGUGAGGCAACAGGUUCAACCACUGCACUACCAGCAUAGAAGCUGUUAACAAAAACACAAAGUUAGCGUGUGGAUCUAUCGGAUACUAGCUGAGGUGGUUCAGGCAUCCAAUUAGAAUGCCUCCUGGGGGAGAUUUUCUGGGCAUGCCCUAUCGGAAAGAGGCCCCGGGGUAGGCCCAGGUCACGCCGGAGACAUUAGGUCCCUCAGCACUGCCUGGGAAUGCCUCGGUGCUUUCCCCGAAUGAGCUGAAGGAGGUGGCUGGGGAGAGGGAGGUUUGGGAUUCCCUUUUGAUCCAGCCCCAGAUGAGCUGGUGGAAAGUGGAUGGAUGGAUGUUUAAUUUCGAUGACUGAAACUGAACAAGAUGGUGAAACAUAGGAGUCACACACUGGGGCUUAUUGUAUCCCGACUCCUGCUUUCAUUUGACGUCAGUGUAAAUAGAACCAGUUUGAUUUGUCUUGCCUUGUCAGAAGCCAAUUUGUGUGGAGAAAAAGCCCCAGAUUUUACCUUUGUUACCACUCUUUGGCCAAGGCCUGAUAUAAGACUGUUACCUCGCUCGAGUUUUGACUGUAAAGGACUGUUCACUUCUCCUUCUGAAGAUAGUAUUUACUCUAUAUUUGUACUGAUUUUAUUUUGUAAUGCCAAAAGUUAAAGAAUUGAAUAAAAAAACAAAAAAAAAACUCACAUUGGUACAGCCGUUGAACCACUUUGCCAGGAAAACAAAAAACAAAACAUCCAAUCCUUUUGAUUCAGGAUAACUCAAGACUGUCUCCUUCUACUCCUGCAGCUACGAGACAGCAGCAUAUAUAGCAGUAUGUAUAUGUGACUGUACAUGGAAUAGUUCAGAUUAAUAUUACUACAACAUGUGGUGUACUUUGAAGGUAUCUUUGUGCAAUUCUACCUGCGGCUCUUCAGCGUGUCGUACGUAUGUGUGAGAGAGUAACCGUGCCGUUUUCUUGUUAAAAAUCACUGUCGCUUAUUGUGAGGAUAAUGUUGAGUAUAAUGUUAACAUAAUAACUGUCGAUUUAAAAAAAAAAAAGCCAAAACUUUUUCGUGUCAUCAUGGAUAUCAAGUUGAUUUUGUAUCUUGGUGUAAAGCAGAUUCAGAGAUUUCCGAUGCAUACUGAGUGAGAUGCUCUCACGUUUGUUGUGUCUGUUUGGUUGCACACAUCAUGUUUUCUUUGCUCUGUUUGUUUGGGGGUUUUUUUUGCUUUGUUUUUUUUUUUUUAGAAGGUGGGGUUGUUUUUAGAUUUCUUCCAUCUCACCGAUCAUCACUGAGAUUCUGCCAUAUUGGACGCAGACAUCUGCUUAACUCUGAACAGAAAACUGUGGAUUUUGUGUCAAAAUAAAUGUGCUACCAAAUA